AUAUCAGAAAACCGUCGCUUACACGUGUCGUGAACUUACUGUCCGAGGUAACGCUGCGAUAAAUGACAACCGAUAUUGGAGGUAAAUCUCUAUCCCUCUUUUCCUUUUCAAGCACAAUGCAAGACAGUGAAUUGUAUCUGGUUUCCAUCGCCUGUGGUUUUCUUAUACCAGACGAGGAAUUCAAGGAAGUUUUUACACGUGUAAAAGCACAACGGUAACAAGUUCUUAUCAUCUACCUCUAUAUAUUCAAUGAGACGCUCCUCUGCCGUGUCAAGGCCCAUAGGGAGAAAUAGAGAGUCACCAAGGAGAUCAGUUUUCUCUCUAUUUCCAAUCCAUCCCUCUUGUUUCUUCUAGUUCUAGACCUCCUCUAUCUGUCCAAUGCAUCCCUCUCAUUGCUUCUAGUACUAGACCUCCUCUGUCUCAAUGUUUUGAUCCAUGUUUAGCAUCCAGUAUGGUUCUUGUGUCGCCGAUCAUGUGCACCAUCUAGAUUGAUUUUACAUAACGCCGGCUCCAACAAUUCAGUUUGCAGUGACUGAGUGAAGGGCUAGCUCAGUAAACUUGCUAGAUUUUUUCAGUCAUUCAGGUCAUAGAUAGAGAUGCCUCGCAGGGCAAGACGGAAUUACUCUGAGAAUUCAAGCAGCAGUUUGGAAAAAGACCCUACUUUUGUGGUUCCGAGAAACUCCAGCCACAGAUUUGCCUCUGCCUCUAGUAUUACUAACUUACUUGGUGUGAGGAGAUCCUCUAGGAGGACGAGAUAUAGAAUUGGUCAAGUUCCCAUGGAUGGAGAGAUUGAAAAUGGGAGAAACAGCCCACCAAGAGAAGAAUCAAACAUUAUCAGGAAUGGCAAAUGGACUAUCCUGUCAUGGUUGAUUAAAUCUGGAACAAUCGAAGAAGGUACCAGAGUACAGUACAGGGAUGGGGAGGUUACACUCAGAGGGAAGGUUUCUAUGGAGGGAAUUCUGUGCAGUUGUUGCAAUAACACCAUUACAGUUAAAGAAUUUGAGUUCCAUGCAGGAAGUAGCAGGGACCAAGCUUACAUGAAUACAUACACUGGUAGGACUAGAAAAUCCUUGUUGGAUUGCCAGAUAGAAGCAUGGAACAAGCAAGAUAUUCCUGCAUGCAGAGGAUAUCUAAAUGUAGACAUCCAAAAAGAUGAUGUUGAUAAGAAUGAUGACAUUUGCAAUAUCUGUGGAGGUGAUGGGCAGCUAAUCUGCUGCGAUAUUUGUCCAUUGACGUAUCAUGAAGAAUGUGUUGGUAUAAAGACACUUCCCCAAGCUGCUUUUCACUGCCCAAUCUGUCGCUGCUCAAUUUGUGGGAUGUCUGGUGAUAAAUUCAGCUCAUUCACAUGUUUUCAGUGCGAAGAAUUAUGUCAUUCGCACUGUGUUAGAGGAACAGCUGUAUUUGUUGACAAUGUCUUCUUCUGUGGGAAAAGUUGUAGCGAGGUGUACCUGCAAUUGCAGAAGCUCCUCGGUGUUCCACAUCAAAUAGAGGAUGGAUUCUCAUGGACUCUAAACAAGUGUAUGCAUCCAAAAGGAGCAUCUCCCCAUGAAGUGGCGAAGACGAUGGAUUGUAACUCAAAGAUUGCUUUGGCAUAUGCAGUCUAUGAUGAAUGCUUCCAGCCUAUCAUUGACAGCAGGACCGGCUUGGAUAGGAUCCAAAUGGUUGUUUUCAACUGUGGGUCAAACUUAAGCCGUCUUAAUUGUCAAGGGUUCUACACUUUCACCUUGGAGAGAAAAGAUGAAGUAACUGCUGCAGCAUCCAUCAGGAUUCAUGGGACCAAGCUAGCAGAGAUGCCAUUUAUUGGAACCAGAGAGAAGUAUAGACGUGAAGGAAUGUGUCCUCGAUUGGUAGAGGCAAUUGUAUCUGUUCUUCUGUCCCUUAAUGUUAAGAAAUUGGUCUUACCUAGUGCUCCUGAAAGACUUGAGUAUUGGAUGACAUAUUUUCAAUUCAAGCAAAUUAGUGAGAUACAAAGAAGAGAAAUGUCAUCCAUGAAUUUAAUGACAUUCAGAGAUGCAACAUUACUGCAAAAGAUCUUGUUGGUGGAUGAUAGUUCAAAUAGUGAAGGAACAAAAGAAGGCAGUGAAGUUUUGAAUGACAAUAAUGAACCAAGAUGCAUUAAUCUUGAGGAUGGUUUCAGAGACAAUGAAGAUAAACUCCCUAAGCCCUUGCUGUUUGAUCUGAAUCUUGAACCUCCAAAUGAGCCCGAGGAAGUUCUUCCUGUGCAAAAUGACAGAAAGAAGAAACCAUCCCUUGGAAUAUUUCUUACACUGGAAGAAGAUGGUACUCUACUGUUCAAACGAUAUUUUGUUGACGGUCCCUCUGAACCUGUUGAUGUUUAG